AUGAGGGCGGGCGGGGAGGCGCCGCACCAGGUGCUGGGCCGGCUGCGGUUCCUGCUGCAGUGCAGCGAGUGCUUCCGCCGCGCCCGGGCGCUGCCCGCCGCGCUCUGCUACGUGCCGCGGGAGGUGCAGUACAAGAUCUGCAAGGACCCCUCGGCCGCCGCGGCCGCCGCCGCCCGCAGCCUGCUCAGCGUGUGGGACAGCCCGGGGCCGGCGCGGGGCGGCAAGCGGGCGGCGCGGGCCACGAUCGAGGUGCGGAAGGGCGGCUGCCUGCGCGCCACCGGCGAGGAGUACUGCAACGGCGCCGGGCUCUGGGUCAAGCUCAGCAAGGAGCAGCUGGAAGAGUACCGGAGCGGCUGCGAUCUCGAGGAGGGCUGGGUGCUGGUGUGCAAGCAUGCCGACGGCGGGGACCGGCUGGUGCCCGUGGAGUCCACGGAGCGGAUCCAGCGGCAGCAGCAGCUGUUCGGAGUGGAUUACAAGCCCGUCAUCAGAUGGGAGCAGGUGGUGGAUCUGACAUACUCCCUGCGCCUCGGAGCAAAGCCCAGGCCCAUGGAGCAGGAUGAGGCUGCAGUAGAGAAGCUUCGGUUUGUGCCCCCAACAUGGACUUACGAAUGUGAUGAAGACCUGGUGCAUUUCCUAUAUGACCACAUUGGGAAGGAGGAUGAGAACUUGGGCAGCGUUAAGCAGUACGUGGACAGCAUCGAUGUCUCGUCCUACACGGAGGACUUCAAUGUGUCCUGCCUGACAGACAGCCAUGCCGACACAUACUGGGAGAGUGAUGGGUCCCAGGGCCAGCACUGGGUGCGGCUCAACAUGAAGAAAGGCACCAUUGUCAAGAAGCUGCUGCUGACAGUGGAUACCACUGAUGAGAACUUCAUGCCCAAGCGGGUUGCUGUGUAUGGGGGCGAGGGGGACAAUCUGAAGAAACUCAACGAUGUCGGCAUUGAUGAGAGCUAUAUUGGGGAUGUGUGCAUCCUUGAGGACAUGACAACACACCUGCCUGUCAUCGAGAUCCGGAUUGUGGAGUGCAGAGAUGAUGGGAUUGAUGUUCGUAUCCGAGGCAUCAAAAUCAAAUCCUCGCGGCAGAGGGACUUGGGGCUCAGUGCUGACAUGUUCCAGUUGCCCAAUUUGGUGCGUUACCCUCGCCUAGAAGGGACUGACCCUGACCUGCUGUACCGACGGGCUGUGCUCAUUCAAAGAUUCAUCAAGCUCCUGGACAGUGUCCUGCAUCACUUGGUGCCAGCCUGGGACCACACUGUUGGCACAUUCAGCAAACUCAAGCACAUCAAGCAAUUCUUGCUGUUGUCCAAGAAGCGCACAGCUCUCAUUACCCAGUGUCUGAAGGACUCAGAGACCAGCAAGCCCAACUUCAUGCCAAGGCUCUACAUAAACCGACGCCUGGCCAUGGAGCACCGGGACAACCCUGCCCUGGACCCCAGCUGCAAGAAUGCUGUCUUCACCCAGGUAUAUGAAGGCCUGAAACCUUCAGACAAGUUUGAAAAACCUCUAGAUUAUAGGUGGCCGUUGCGUUAUGACCAGUGGUGGGAGUGCAAAUUUAUCGCAGAGGGCAUCAUCGACCAAGGUGGUGGUUUUCGGGACAGCCUAGCAGACAUGUCAGAAGAGCUGUGCCCCAGCUCAGCAGACACCCCUGUGCCUCUGCCCUUCUUCGUGCGCACAUCCAACCAGGGUAAUGGCACUGGAGAAGCUAGGGACAUGUAUGUCCCCAACCCCUCGUGUAAAGACUUCCCAAAGUACGAGUGGAUUGGGCAGAUCAUGGGAGCAGCUCUGAGGGGCAAGGAGUUUCUGGUCCUGGCUCUUCCUGGCUUUGUAUGGAAACAAUUAACAGGGGAAGAGGUCAGCUGGAGCAAAGACUUCCCUGCUGUGGACUCCGUGUUGGUGAAGCUCCUGGAGGUGAUGGAAGUCAUGGAUAAAGACACCUUUGAAUUCAAAUUUGGAAAUGAGCUGACCUACACGACAGUGCUGAGUGACCAGCGCAUGGUGGAGCUGAUCCCCAACGGCAGCAACACCGCUGUGCGCUACGAGGACCGCAAGGAGUUCAUCCGCCUGGUGCAAAAAGCUCGGCUGGAGGAGAGCAAGGAGCAGAUCAUGGCCAUGCAGGCUGGGCUGCUGAAGGUGGUGCCCCAAGCUGUUCUUGACCUCCUUACAUGGCAGGAGCUUGAAAAAAAGGUCUGUGGAGACCCUGAAGUCACAGUUGAUGCCCUGAAGAGGCUCACCCGGUUUGAGGACUUUGAGCCACAGGAUACUCGUGUUCAGUACUUCUGGGAAGCACUCAAUAACUUCACCAAUGAGGAUCGCAGUCGCUUCCUCAGAUUUGUCACUGGCAGAAGUCGCCUACCAGCACGGAUCUACAUCUAUCCAGACAAGAUGGGCUCAGAGACAACAGAUGCUUUGCCAGAGUCAUCCACCUGCUCCAGCACCCUCUUCUUGCCCAACUAUGCUACAGCCAAGGUAUGUGAAGAGAAGUUGCGCUAUGCUGCCUAUAACUGCGUGGCCAUUGACACAGAUAUGAGUCCAUGGGAAGAGUGACGUUGCAGCCUGACCAAGCAGCAUGGACAAUUAUUCAAGAAAACCAUGCAAUGGGAAGCAUUCCCUUGUCCCCACGGGAUGUGUAUAUAUAAUAAAUAUAUAGGUGUGAAGUCUGGCUCCCAGCAGUGGACAUAAAGGGUUGGGUCUUCAGCGGGGUGGGAGCUAGCUUGGACUGUAAAUGUGAUUGCAAUGAUGGAACCCUGGCUGAGCCCUCAUGCCUCAGAAAGGUCUGGUAGGCUUUUGUAAUGAGUUCCUUCUCCACAUCUUCUUGUAGCUCCACAAUGCUCACUCCUUCCAGGCUGCACUUUGCUCAAACAAAAGUGGGGUAAGAAGACAAAACUGCACAGCAGCUUACAGCACAGGACAGAGAACUGUGAGCUGCUGCUGAGACUGUCUUGGGGUCGCCAAGAUGCUCAGUGUCUUGACCACCCUCUGUUGCCUUGUUCCUGCUCUCACAUGAGGUUAGUGGAAAUUAGAUCAUUCAAUUUCUCAUUGAGAUCAUUAGAUCAAUUCAAUUAGAUCAUUAGGAUUAAGAAGAAUGGAGCAAGCUCCGUUCUUCUUAAUCUGGUGUCAGGUGCUGCAGGGGUGCCUUUGGCCACCAGGUGUCAUAACAGACCCACACAGCAGGACUGUGGGUGCUUCCAAAGGGACUCCCAUGCUCUAACAUCACACAAAAUCUGAGUUCCUGCCAUUCCUGGCACCUCUUGUACAGCAGUUACUGCUGGGGAAGCUGCUCCCUCACAGUGGGUGGGAACUGUCUGCUUUCCUUUUUUUUCUUUCAGUUCUGCAUUCAGCAUGCUGGUGGCCUGGCAGCUGUUCUCCCAGACUCUUUGAGCCUCAUUUUUUCCUUGAAUGCCAGUAUUACAACUAAUCUAUUCUAGUUGUCAUGGAGAUCUACCAUCAGGCCCAAGUUCAUCUUCCACACUGCAGAGGUUAAAGCAGUAGCAGGCAUGGCAGUGCCAGGCUCUGCUCCCCUACUCUUGUCCAUAGGAAAGGUCAUGGGAGGUCUCAGGUGAAUAGGAAAAGCAUUUGCCCUAGGGCAGUGUAGAAACUGGGUACCAAAUGUUGGAGCUCCUUGAGCAGAUGGACACAUGCUAUAUGAGUGAGGAAUGGCAAAUGAAACCUUUGCAACUUCUUGGAAAUAUUUGUGGAUCUUCCCAGCUCUGGGCAGGGCUAGUCAUUGCCUAGCACUGGGAGCUGCUAGAUGUUAGUCUACAUUUAUACUCUGAGCUACAUCUUCAGCUUGUAUGGUCUGUUGGACCUCUAGUACUGUGAGUCACAGAGUCAUUGGGGCUGCACAGGAGCGGGGCUGAUGCUGUGAGUUAAGAUUUAUCCUGUCUUAAUGUUUCACGGCUUUUUCUCCUCUGUUGAAUGAGUCUGUCAUCCAGAAAUCACUUCCAGUUGUAAACAAAGUCCUUCCUUUCAUGAGUUUCUUUUGAAACAAGUAUUCCCAGGUCUGCUGAGGAGGGUUGUUACUAAAAGGGAUGUAGGACCAGGAAGGAGCAUGUGCUGCCAUCUCCUGCAUCAUGGUGAGUGGAGAGCACAGGAUGAAUGGGGAAGCUGUUUACGACAGCCCUUGCCUGCAGCAGGGCCUUCCAUGCUCAGCUGGGUGGGUGUGAAGUCCUGUCUGCUGGAGGAGGUCUUUUGUAAAUCCUAGAGUUGUCUGAGAAUUGAUCUCUGUGGCUUUGUGGUUGAUUUCAACCACCAGUAUGGAUGGGAGCAGGAGCAGAGCCAGUGCGAUACUUUUCCGUGCUGGUGACUGAGUCACUUCCUAGGGUGUCUGUUUUAAAUGGGCAUGAGUAAGCUGGUGAAAGGACUUUGAUCUGCUGGCUUUCCCUCAGUUAGGAGUGUUGAGGAAGAAGCCUGCAGCAGUGAGCUGGGAUUUGAAAUGAGCCAUCCGAAAAGAGACUAACAUUGGGAUGAAAUUGAUACUGCUUUUCUCAACCUUGCCCUCUUGCCUCUACUGGAGAUCAGCAAGAGGCCACAUUAUUUACUGAGCAGAAUUAGAAACAGCAGUAAAAUAGACUUCUCUCUUGAUUGCUGGGCAGGGGUUGUUUGGUAAGUAGUUCAGGGUGGGAUGGAUAAGAUGGCCCUAGUCUUUGGUGGAGGGUGAGCUGAUGUCACCCGUGGGAAUGGGCAGGUUAGGAGCCAGCUAGGACUGCUUGGGGUGAUCAGCUGUGGGGGAGAAAGCACCUCUGGCUCCCCUGCCCUUGGAAGCAAUUGCAGCUGAAGGAGGGUAACGGGUAAUUACAGAGCUAUACCCAGAACACUUCCCCAGAACACUUCAGGUUCAGAACACUUCAGGUUUCUCACUGAGAUGUGUUUAGACAGUUCUAUUCCCUCUGAUUAUCCAUGUACACAGCCCCACCCUUCCAUGAUGAGGAGAGAGCUGCUGUGCAAGGUGAUGUUGAGAGCAGAACCUGGCUGAAGUGGUGGGAUCCUUUCCUAGAAGCAUUGUGGCACCUCUGUCUUUGGAGAUGCCCAAAGACUUCUUGUACAGCCCUGGGCACUGUGGUCAACCUUCCAGUCUCAUCCUGCUGGCUUUAUAUCUAGGCCCUCCCUAACCUGAAGCACUUAAUAACUAUGGAGUUAUCAACUAGUUUUUCCCACAUUUCUGCAUUUUUCUACUCUUCUUUCCAUCAGGAUAUUUUAGCAUCUGAACUCUUAUUUCCUGCCACUGAGUGCUGCCCAAGGGUUUGCUGGAACUCUGGGGAAAGGAUCUAGCUGGUGAUAGGGAUUUCUGUUUAAAAGAUACUUGUAGUAACAGGACCCUGGCUCCAGCAGAGAGGUGAUCACCCAGAAUGGUCUCCUGCAAGCAUACUGAGAAAAAUAUUUUUUUACCAUAUAAACCAUUGCUUUACUGUCUAUUUUGUGUUAUCACCUUAUUGGAAAUUGCAGCAGUUGGCUGUGGUGGUGUACUGGGGUGGAGAGACCUGUGAAAACCCUUCGAGUAGGGAGGAGGAGCCCAUUGCAGCAGUGAGAUUGUUUGGUGCAUGGUCAGAGGGUCUGGAAAAAUAUGUCUGCUGUGGAAUGAUGCCAAGAUAACCCACGGAUUGUGCUGUUCAGUUAGCUGUGCAAAGGUAAGCUGGGAAGGGGGAGCUGGGAGCUGGCCUGGAUGUCCUCUCAUCUGCAGUAUUAUAAAGCAAAUCACAGACUGAAUUUCUGCUGUGGCAGCCCAGCAAAUUGUGGAAAAGGUCAGCCUGGCUCAACUCUGGCCAGUCUUAGGGGCCCAAAAUAGGUGUUAUGUCCGUGCUGCGUCAAGUUUCUUCUCUGAUCUCUAAAGCUGUGGGUAGGAACUGUCUCCUAUCGUGUUUGACAAGACAUAAAUCAAGUGCCCCUGCCCUGGAGUCCUGCUGCAUGUGGCCUGGGGUGAGAGAGUCCUGAGAAUCAGGAACCAGUGGCUGCAUGUCCCCACCCCAACAGCUAGUCUCAAAUCAGUGGAGAUUGAUUUUCAAUCCAGUGUCAUCCUAAGGAAGGUGCUGGUGUCUCUGUGUCGCUGAGGAGCAUCUCCAUGAGCCAGAGCUGCAGCUCUACAGGUUGGAUAGGGGUGAGCUGGGGGAGGGACUGAUGUCAUCAUGGCUCCAUGUAACCACUUGCUGUCUUCUGCCUUCAACUCGCUGGAUUGUCAUCAAAUAGUUUCAGGUGAUUAAUAAUGCACAUGUAGUCUAGCUGUUCUUGUUAUGCUACUAAUACCCUGGAGUAUGACAAACUCUUAGUAGUUUGACAGGUUCUGUCUGUCCCUACCUCAUGUAGGAUCUAAAAUAAAAUGAAUGAACUAACUGC